GUGGGGUGGGGGAUACAGUUACUUCACUUGACUAAGUUUUCUAUUUAAUUUUAAUCUGAACACAGCUUCAAUGUAAAUCAAUGUUAAACUGUUUGAAUCUGUAACUAGCAAGGUAGUUUUCAAGAAAACGUUCAUUCGUUAAAUACACAAAAUUCUUCAUCAAAAUAAACUUCUUCUAAAUUGUCGAAUUCCAGUCCUUGUGCUCUCGCCUUCACGAGAAACUCUGUUUCGAAUUUUUCAUUUAUCCUGCUUGUAAGUGGUUCUUCAGGUCGCCCACUUCGCCCUUCCGUAAAUAAAUGAUUGCGUCCACUUGCCACACUUGAAAGCUAGCCGGGUGUUCAGCCAUCUCGUUAAACAAGCAUUGGUGUGCAAUCCAUUGCAUCGAAUGAACACUAGUUAUGCAAAUGUGUCGAACUAGACUCUUACUUUACGCAGCGGUUUUACGUCGUCACGAAACGCGGAGGCGUCACGCAACGGUCCUUUCGCUUUGGAUGAUGACCCGAAUAUAGCAGGCUGUACAGGAGACGAGCGUCCAGUCAAGUAACUAAUCAAUGAUCAGUGACAUCAAUCAGUAAUCGCUGGGCAAUCAAUAAGUAGACGACUGAUUAGUAAUGAUCAAGGGGUAUGCAACUUUGCUAGCAGGAUACAACUCUUUUUGCACAGGUUGGUGCUCGUACUGCAAAUUUCAAAUGACAAUUCAACCCGCGCGAUUUUUCUAAAGGGUGAAGUUUUUUAAAUAGUAAAACGAAAAAUCAUCGGAAACCUUUAUUUGAUGCGAAUUUUUGCUAGACUGCUACUAAAACAAUUAGAUGACCCACUCUGAAUUUCUAUGACAGCUCAUGAGGUGAUAGGUCAUGCAUGAUUAGAAAUCUCGAGCUCAUUUACAUGCUUGUCUGAGUCAUUAAGCGACCCAUGUCUGUCUGGUAUUGGACACAAACAACCCAGCUGAAGUUAAAACUUAUGCGAGAUUCACCGACCAGAAACAAACAGCACUCUUUUGCAUUCUCCUAAGACAUGGCAACUUUUCAAACUGUCCGGGAAACAGAGGGAGGUUGGACUAGCCCUGAAAUGGCUAUUAUACACGGUGUGAGAAUCUCGGCGGCUCUUGUAGAUCCAAACUUAAACGAAGAUCUGGAACAUUUUCAAACGAGAAAGGACGAUGUGUUUGUCGCUAGUUACCCGAAAUCAGGUACAACCUGGGUCCGGGAACUGCUGUGGCAAAUUUAUAACGACGGCGCAAUCAGCGAUGUCCAUCUUGGAAGUCGUGUUUUCUGGCUCGAGGCACACCCUUUACUGCGCAAACGUCAAUCUGGGCGCUCCGAGUCGUCACCAGACUCCAAACCCGUCAUUGACCUUCUCCCUAGUCCCCGUCUGUUGGUUUCACAUCUGCCUUAUGACGUGAUUCCUAAAGGCAAAGACGACACCACGACGUGCAAGUACAUUUACAUCGCAAGGAAUCCUAAAGACGUUGCAGUUUCUCUUUACCACUUCUUGUUGUCGUUUCAUUCUGAUUCUGGGUUGACAUGGGAUGCAAUUGCGAAAUUGUUUCUCCAGGGAAAACUUUAUUACAAUUUGUGGUCUGACCAUGUUCUGGCAUGGUGGAAGCACAGGGACAAUCCUAACGUGUUGUUUCUAAAGUAUGAAGACUUGAAAAAGGACUUGUUCUCCAGUGUCAGAGCUGUUGCUGAAUUUCUCAACAAACCUUUGUCAGAAGAAGUCAUGCGACGGAUUGCACACCAAUGCUCGUUUAAGGGGAUGGCUAAAAGCCCAGCAAGCUUUCAAGUGUUUCCAAACGUGGAUGCGAUCAGUUUCUUAAGGAAGGGUGAGGUCGGCGACUGGAAAAACCACUUUACAGCAGAAUUGAACGAAAAAUUCGAAACAGAGUUUCUUGCAAAGGCGAGAGAGCAUGGGCUUGAAUUUGAAUAGUCCACCAAGAUAGUGUAACGCCACACAUUUGGUGCAAAAUAAAGUUAUAUCAAAAUAAUGCUUGUAAAAAGCACUGAAAACAGGAGUUAACUGUUAAAACGUUUUGAUUGAUUGUACAGGGCGAAACAAAAUGUACACAGAAUGUUUGUUUGAGAGUCAAAUCUUGUUUUUGUAAAAUAGUAAGAACUGUGGGCAUCAAUGCUAUAACAUAGUACCAGAUUAUGGCUCCUGAUAGUACCUCAAAAGGGUGUGGUACGUUGAUUGCAAAAGCAAACACUUAACAUAAAACCUUA